UCCAGUGGCCGGAGCUGUCGCUGUCGCUGCCCGUGUCCCAGCUCCAUGGCCGGGCAAGUGCAGCGGAUCGCCGCCCUACUCAUCGCCAUCUGCAGCGUGGUGGCUACAGCCCGCUCGGUGUAUUCCUCCUGUGGUGCGGUGGUCGAUUCGGAGGCACCAGGGGUGAUCCUAUCGCCCGGGUUCCCCACAAACUACGCCGCGGGCACCCAUUGUGUCUGGCAGUUCUUCAUCCCGCCCGGAGACCGCCUGCGUCUGGAGGUAUUUGAUUUCGACGUGUUCGAGAGGGCGGGCGAGGCGAGGAAUCCACUCGGCCCCAGUCGGGGGCCACUGGUCAGGGUGGAGGAAGGGGACUGGACACCGGCCGGUGUGUCCCGGCCCACCGGCCCCUCCAAGGGCUCCGGCCAAGGUGGCGACAUCAAGACCUUGUUCAACGAGAUCAACGCGUCGGACUCGCAUCGGUCUUUGAAAGUCGACCAGUCGGGCUCCAAAGACAAAGUGACCAUGGGGCAGAAAGGGUGGAACACGUUGACCACUCCCUCAGUGACCGAGCCCCCUCUAGGUGGGGGGUCACUCGAGGCGGCUGCUCCCAGACCCAACCUGCCCGCAUCUCCCGCUGGAGUGAGUGACCCAGACCCGCAAACCAUGAGGCUGGAAGUGGACCUUCCCAAAGCGCCCACUGUAGAACUCUGUCCCGAUGAUGUCCUCUACAUCUCCGACCUCGUCACCUUCUCUGUCCGCUUCUGCGGCGCCAACUCCCCGGUGAACGAGACGCUGAGCUUCGGGUCUCCGCUGGAGAUGGUGGAGGUGGUUGUGGAACUGAUCACCAGCACGGGCCGUGGCCGCGGAUUCCUGCUGCUCUACCACACGGAGCGAGGUCCGGCCCCAAGCCUCCGCUGGAAGGACCUGCUGGACUUGAGCGGCCACGCCGGCCUGGUACAUUCCCUGCUCAUCGGUGGCAUCGCCCUGCUCUUGGCCCUCCUUCUCACUGCCGUCUGCCGCAACUGGAGGAAAAGGACACGCUAUAAAGGGAGAUGUUCCCACUGCGCAAAGCAUCGAGUGAACGGGAUCCAGAAUUCGGGCGUUGACGUUGGGGAGAUGCAGCUCGUGGCCAACGGGACGCAUCAGGACAUCUGGACCGAGAACGAGAAUAACAAUCACAGCGUCAGCUUGGGGCGCUUGGGCGGUUCCCUCCACGCUGAAAUGGAAGUCACCUCGACCGAGUCGGCGGCGACUGAGUCCGGGAGUGAUGAGAUCUUUGUGAUUUCUGCUGGCCCUGGUGUGGGCACUCUGCAUUUCUCCAGCUUCAAGACCAAGGUCCCCAAGAGAAGUCCGACAGGAUCGUCUCCUGUCAGCGACUGGCGGCUCCAACAGCUCCUGACUGCAGACGGGCAGAUGGGACAGGUGGCUAGACAGGGGACUGGCCGAGCGGAUUCACCAACGGGGCAGCGAGUGGGCGGCAGGGACAUUGCCAGACUACCGCCGACAGACUGGUGUGACUGGACCUCAACCGGCCCAUUUGCUCAGCUUACGGAGAAUUGCGCCUUGGACACGUUAACAAGUGACCCCCACGCAGUGAACCAUCGGAAGGUGGUGUCGGAUAUGCGGUUAGAGGCAGAUGGGGAACAGGUGUACUCUGACUCUGCAGGAAGCGCUGCCUCGUAUCCCCUCUCUCGCUCAGCCCAGAGUCAACGCAAAGUCAACUCCGCCACCAAUCUGCGGCGAACCUGGUUCGGAAGUCCCUGCUUCGGCUUCGGGCUGAGUGCGUCACGGCACGGCUCCGGCGGCCACAACUUUGCUGGGCAGUCGGCUCCUCACAGCGGCAAUUUACCGGGGAGCUCGGUGACCAACGACGGCACAAAGAGCGGUGCUGCCAAACCUAGGGCGCUGCCGACCGAGUCAGACCGACUAAACCUGCCCAAACCCGUCUUUGUCAUCUCAGAAGCCAGGGAAGAUCAGGAGCCCCUGGUCCAAGCUGCAGAAGCCGCCGGCCACGGUGGCCACUUUGAGGAAAUACAUCCCAACACAAGCAGCCCAGCUUUGGAAGGGGAGAGACUGGCUCAUCCUGUCUCCGGGACAACUUAAAUCCACUAGCUUCUGCUUCAGUGCAGUGGAUGGAGUGUCCUGUAAUGACCAUAAAGAGAUCCCAUCAUGACAAGGCUUCACGUCACCACAGGAGCAAGUGUUGCUGAAGCAGCAGCUGGCAUGCAGCUGACAUGCAGCGUGCCUGGGGCACGGGUUGGAAGUGUCCAAUGCUACAGGAGCAAAGUCACUUACUCUCACCUGACUGUGGUGCUGUGGAAGGUAGCCUCCCAAAUGUCCCAUUGGCAACCAAUUGUUCGACAAGACAAUUUGCCCUCGAUCUCUUUGAAGCUCAUCAGAACUGAAAGCAAUGUAACAGUGUUAACACUGUAUUGGCUUGUGUAAGCUGCGCCAUAUUAGUAAUCGGUGGUAAAAUUCACUAACACUGGUUCAAAAAACAUAAAAUGCACUUGGUUGUCAUUUGAGUGAUGGGAAAGUGAAGAGAAAGGUCACAACUUUAAAUAGAGGAGGUGUGAAGGGGGGGGAGAAAAUGUCACUACAAUCCAUUCAGAUUUUGGAACAGGAUUCAGCAGAAUGAAAUGGCAGCAAGCUGGUGAUAGUUGCCAGCUGGCAAAUUGCUGAUUGAUCCUGUGUGAGUCGUGAUCAGGGUUAUCAGGUUGGAGAAAGAGCUGCAAAGUGCUCCACCGUUUCUCCGUUCUCCUGCCUGGUCAUCAGUGU